CUUCGUUCGCACACGUGAAGAUGCUGAGGGAGGGGAAUGAAGCUUUCACCCAGAAGAAAUUCUGUGGGUGACACCUGAAUACUUCCGUGUUCGCAAACCUGUAGAUGUUGGUGAUAAUGUUUCAGCAGCAAUGUGGCUGAGUUGUACAACUAAUCUGAAAGUGCAGAGCCGGCUUAUCCCUGAGCAGUGAGUGUGAGCGGAUCGGUUCCAGUCUGGGCACUGGCAGCAGGGACGGAGCCAUGGUUCAUGGAUUGUAAGCAGCGAGCUGGGUCGCCUGCAAAUCGAACAAUAUAACCCGAGAGGCAGCCACAAGUCUUUAAAAAGAACCAUCUUUGUGUCGGACAUUUUAACUUUCGCCGGAAUGAAGUUUGCGUUUUGCUGAAACAGAUAAAGGGGCAGUGUUAGCCCUGCUUGCUAUCUCCAAACUUCCUGCAGACCCCCCUUGUGUUUCUGUUUCAGAAUCAGUUAAGUUUGUCCGCUAGUGGUCUACUCUAGUGUUCUUUAAUUAAAAGGUGACAAUUUCAAUUUGGAAAAACUAGGCUUUUCUUAUAAACAACUCAUAGAAUUUCUCCCCCUUAUUAAACCCACUCUACUGAAACAGAACACUGUUAAUGUCAAGAAUAAUGGGUUGGCUCCGUCUGACGAAAUGUAGACCGUCCUCCGUAAAGUGCUGAUUGGUUCUCAACGUUUGGAAACUUGGUUUUUUUAAAAAAAUGGUCAAAACGGCUUUAGUCGUGUUGCGCAGAAAAAAGUUGAUUUAACGCUUUAGUCCUGGGCGGGGUUGUGUAUUAAAAUAUUUAACGUUCCCCCUUUGAACAGAAAAUGAUUUGCGAGGCAUUUUUUUUUAAAAUUGCAUGUUUCCUUCUCGGUUUCUGGCAGUAGCUGUGUGUGUAUAUAGUGCCGGGGAAUGUAUGAACCCACUCGGGGGGUUUGGUGAGGGUAUGUGCUUCGGAUUCUUGCCUCCUCCUCGGACCCAGCCAUUGUAAGGCAAGAGGGACACAUUCUUAUAAACCGUUCACUCUAUCAGCUAAAGUGUUCAAAAACACGAGCACAGGCAGCUGCCAAACCACUUGCCUUCCGUGAAAGUAUAUUUUCAUACUUCUGUCCAUGUUGUUUUAAAAAAACCGCAGCAAAUCCAAGCCGCCAAAUUAGGUUAUUUUCAAAAGCUCUUUGUUACGUUAUAUUCAAAUGAGCUGUAGUGUAAAGCACAUUCCUUUUCCGACCCUGAGGUUACUGCUGUGUGUGUUUUUUACUGCAGGGGAUUUUACUCAUUCUCUCUCUGUGUGUCUGUCUCCGGGCUAUGGAGUUCUCAGAGCUCAUUAAAACGUCGAAAGUUGACCAUGUGCUGCUCUCUCGGCCCUUCCUGCAGCCUGUGAAAGGGACUCUGUGCAUUACCAGCCACCAUCUGCUGCUCUCCUCCAGGGCUGGAGACAAAGAGGAGCUUUGGCUAUUGCUCAGGAAUAUAGAUGCCAUCGAAAAGAGAUAUACAGGGUCUUCAGGGAUAAUAACUAUUAAAUGUAAAGACUUGUGUGUUAUGUACCUGGAGAUACCAGGAAUGGAAGAAUGCUUGAAUGUUGCCAAGUCUAUUGAGUCUUUGUCAUCUCUGGAAUCUGUCAGGCACAUGUACCCAUUCUUCUAUCGGCCAAAGGAACCGAACCUUCAGGAAGGCUGGGACUUAUUUAGCCCUGAAGAGCAGUUUACCAAGUUGUCUUUACAUACGGAUAAUUGGAGACUCAGUUAUGUGAACAAAGAGUUUGCAGUGUGUUUGAGUUACCCUGAUGCAGUGAUUGUUCACAAGUCUAUCGAUGAUGCAGCAUUAAAGACCAUAGCCAGCUUUCGACAAAACGGACGCUUUCCAGUCUUGAGUUACUACCACAAAAGGACUGGAAUGGUGAUAAUGCGAAGCAGCCAGCCACUGACUGGGGCCAAUGGGAAGAGAUGUAAAGAGGACGAACAUUACCUAGCUGCUGUUCUCCACCCUGAUAAGAAAGGUUAUAUCAUCGAUACCAGAUCCACACAAGCUGCCCAUCAGGCGAAGGUGAAAGGUGGUGGCUUUGAAUCUAAAACUAACUACCACAACUGGAAAAGACUCCACAGAUCCAUUGAGAGGGGAAGAGUUCUCCAGGAAAGCCUGAUUAAAUUGGUUGAUGCUUGUAAUGACCAAUCCAAUAGCAUUGACAGGUGGCUCAGUAAACUGGAGGCUUCCAAAUGGCUGGGCCAUGUUAAAACUUUAUUGACCAACGCUUGUAUGGCUGCACAGUGUGUCGACAGGGAAGGAGCGUCUGUCCUGAUCCAUGACUCUGAGGGUAGAGACUCAACCCUCCAGCUCACAUCGCUGGCACAAAUCAUCCUGGAUCCAGACUGUCGAACCAUUGAUGGCUUCCAAGCAGUUAUCGAGAGGGAGUGGUUACAGGCAGGGCAUCCUUUCCAACACCGUUGUGCCAGUUCAGCUUAUUCACAUGCGAAGCUGAAACAAGAAGCACCUGUCUUCCUCAUCUUCCUGGAUUGCUGCUGGCAGAUGAGCAUCCAAUUCCCUUGCUCGUUUCAGUUUAAUGAGCACUUCCUGAUCACAUUGUUUGAACAUGCCUAUGCAUCCUGCUUUGGGACAUUCCUGUGUAAUAAUGAAAAGGAACGGUUUACCCUGAAUGUGAAGGAACAGACUAUUUCGAUUUGGAGUUGGAUGAACAGACCUUGUGAGCGAAAGCAAUACAUUAAUCCUCUGUAUGAAAGAAACAACUUCGCUAUCUGGCCUUCCGUAGCUCCACAGAGCUUGCAGCUUUGGCAAGGUUUGUUCCUGAGAUGGAAUCAAUCACCGGAGCAUCAGAAUGAGGCUUGGGAGCAGAUUAAUCACAUAAUGGAAUACGGCAGGAGAAAAACACAUCCAACAAGUACAGAACUGUCUGCUCCACAGGAAGACCCUGCUGGACUCUAGGAGCUUUCAGCACUUAGCAUUCAGAGGCUACUCUCAAUCUGAAUGAUUUUCAGAACUUUUCAGCCUCAUCCUUUCAAGAUCACAACCAGCUGGAGGGAUAUAGAAAAGACACAACUCUAACUCAGACCGUUCACCCGCAGAGAUCAGCGAAGGGAACUGAGUUGAAACGAGAGAAGGAGGGAAAGCAAUUUCCAACCUGAUUAACACAAUGGUAGCUGAAUAAAAGUUUCAGAACUUUAUUUUUUACUUUAUUAUUCGUGCUGCCAAUAUGAAAAUGAUUAAUCAGCUGGGAACUCCUUGCAGUUUAUAAGAUAUUUUCCUUAUUACAGAUCACUCUCUCCUUAGCUACUGGUAAUUUAGUCAUGUUUGCACAUUUACUUGUUUCCAUUCUGAAGUAGGUACUUGAUUAGGGCAGAGUUAUGAGCAGCCAAGCUGACUGGAGAGUCUCUCCUGUUCUGGAACUGAAUCAGCCCACACCAUUCUCCUGAAUACUAUUUUUCAAAUAUAGGGAUAGCAUUGUUAGCGACAUAACUGAACAACUUUGUUAUAUUUUUGAAAUACUUUUGUCCUGAAGUUAUUCAUGGUCAUAGUUUUUUUUUGAAUUGACAAUUUCUCUUGUUUUUAACACAUUAUCAGCAAAAUUGCUUCAGUUUAUGCAGAGAAGCUCAAUAAGAGACUUUGUUCAGAUUACAGGAUAAUAUUUCAAAUACACAGCUACCUAGAUAAUGCGAACAUCUAUUUCCCUCUGUAACAAGAGCAAUGAUCAAGAGUGGAAAUGUAUGUUGUAGGUGAUUGGGAGCUUUGGCUCUCUGUUUUUUUUUUAAAGCAAGAGAAAAGAUAUGAACCUUAAUCCUGGUUUACUGCCUCAGUAAGUAACAAUGUUGUUGUAUUUUACCAAAUGUUGCAUUUUAGUUGAAGAUCCUUAAAGAGUUCCAGAAUCUAAAGAGUCAACAUUAUGCCAUCCAGUGUUGGUAAAGAAGUACUGCAAUAAUAUUUAGUGUGGUUGGUUCAAUGGACAUGUGCCUAAACUUCGUCCACCCAAUUCAAACCAAAACCUCACACACCGAGAAGAUACUGAUUUAAAGAAAGCAGAGAGUUUGCUGUAUAUGUUGUUAAUAUAUUUCAGGGAGUAGAAUGGUAACAAGUGUAGUUUGUUUCACAGCAUAAUUAAUAACAUUACACUGAAUACAUUCUUCUUCAUACAUAGAGUAAUCGAUAUAUUACUGCAGAGAUAGUAGGAACUGCAGAUGCUGGAGAAUCUGAGAUAACAUGGUGUAGAGCUGGAUGAACACAG